GCAGAGACCCGGAUGGCCUUCUGGAGGGGUGGGGGGCUGGCUGCGGAUUUGUUUCUAGAGGCACUCGGAGGUGGGGGGAUCCCCCCCUCCCAGGGUUUCCCCUUCUCUUUCGUUUUCCAAACCUUGUGUGUGUUUUGGGCCAACCCCCCCCCCCGGCAGGAAGAGCCCCGGCCGAACCUUUGCAGCAGGACCCAAAGGAGGAACUGUUGACAAUUAAGAGAUGAAACUCUUCAAAAGAUGGAGGCAGAGAAAGACUCUGGAAGAAGAUUGCGAUCGAUCGGCAGGAGGCUGUACGACGAGGACGAGGACCUCUCCGACGUGGAGGAGAUCGUCAGCAUCCGCGGCUUCAACCUGGAGGAGAAACUAAGGAGCAAAAUGUACCGCGGAGACUUUGUGCGGCCCAUGGAGGGGAAAGAUUUCACUUUUGAGUAUGUGCAGCGAGAAGCACUUAGAGUCCCCCUCAUCUUCCGAAGUAAGGAUGGACUGGGAAUUAAGAUGCCGGACCCAGAUUUCACUGUACGAGAUGUCAAGCUGCUAGUUGGGAGCCGUCGGAUUGUGGACGUAAUGGAUGUCAACACACAAAAGGGCACAGAGAUGAGCAUGUCCCAGUUUGUGCGAUAUUACGAAACCCCGGAGGCGGAACGCAAGAAGCUGUACAACGUGAUCAGCCUCGAGUUCAGCCACACGAAGCUGGCAAACAUCGUCAAGCGCCCCAAUGUGGUGGAUUUGGUCGACUGGGUGGAUAACAUGUGGCCUCGGCAUCUGAAGGAGAGACAGACAGACGCCACCAAUACCAUUUCAGAGAUGAAGUAUCCAAAAGUAAAAAAGUACUGUCUGAUGAGUGUGAAAGGAUGCUUCACAGAUUUUCACAUUGAUUUUGGGGGCACUUCAGUUUGGUAUCAUGUAUUCCGUGGAGGGAAGAUCUUCUGGCUGAUCCCUCCAACUUUGCAGAACCUAGAACUCUAUGAGGAAUGGGUUCUCUCAGGGAAGCAAAGUGAUAUCUUUCUGGGGGACAGGGUGGAGCUAUGCCAAAGAAUUGAACUGAAACAAGGGCACACCUUCUUCAUUCCUUCAGGGUGGAUACAUGCUGUCUAUACUCCAGUAGAUUCCUUGGUGUUUGGUGGAAACAUCCUGCAUAGUUUUAACGUUCCCAUGCAGCUUCACAUCUAUGAGAUCGAGGAUAGAACGAGGGUGCAGGCCAAGUUCCGUUACCCUUUCUACUAUGAGAUGUGUUGGUAUGUUCUGGAGAGAUACGUGUUUUGCGUGACCCAGCGCUCCCACCUCAGCAAAGAGUAUCUGAAAGAAUCAAUGUAUACAACAAGGAAACGCAGCUUAGAUAGCUUCUCAUCAGAUUCCUGGGUAGACAUGGAUGACGAAUCGUGUGAUGUCCACACCCGGGAAGAGAAGGAUGACUGUCUGGAAAAAAUCCCCAGGGCCUUGGCGGACGGAUCAUCUUCUCCCAACAGUACACAUUCAGAAGGGAAGGAGGUUUCUGGGAGGAAGCAAAAAUCUACAGCCUCCCGCUUCCUCAAAAGGACUUUGUCCAAUGAGUCGGAAGAAAGUGUAAAAUCUACACCGGCAGACUAUCCCAAACCCACGGGCUCCCCAGCUACAGAGGUCUCGGCAAAAUGGACUCACCUAACAGAGUUUGAACUGAAGGGUUUGAAAGCCCUUGUUGAAAAACUUGAAUCCCUUCCCGAGAAUAAGAAAUGUAUACCUGAAGGCAUCGAGGAUCCUCAGUCUCUGCUGGAGGACAUGAAGAACAUCCUGAAGGAGCAUGCAGACGAUGACCAAAAUCUUGCCAUUUCUGGGGUCCCAGUGGUAUCGUGGCCUAAGAAAAACGCAAAGAACCGGGCUGUUGGGAGACCCAAAGGAAAAUUGGGCCCUGCCUCAGCCGUGAAGCUCGCAGCGAAUCGGACAACUGCAGGAGCACGCCGGAGGAGGACGCGAUGUCGCAAGUGCGAGGCCUGCCUGCGCACAGAGUGUGGCGAGUGUCACUUCUGCAAGGACAUGAAGAAGUUUGGCGGGCCUGGCAGGAUGAAGCAGUCGUGCAUUAUGAGGCAGUGCAUUGCGCCAGUGCUGCCCCACACGGCCGUGUGCCUGGUGUGUGGGGAAGCAGGGAAAGAAGAUACGGUGGAGGAGGAGGAGGGCAAGUUCAACCUCAUGCUUAUGGAGUGUUCCAUCUGCAAUGAAAUCAUACACCCGGGGUGCCUUAAGGUGCGGGAAUCAGACGGCGUCGUCAACGAAGAGCUGCCCAACUGCUGGGAAUGCCCAAAGUGCAACCACGCUGGCAAAACUGGGAAAGCGUACAAGCAAAAGCGCGGACCGGGGUUCAAGUACGCGUCAAACCUGCCCGGCUCUCUGCUGAAAGAGCAGAAGAUCAACCGGGAGAACAAAGAGGUUGUCCCAGAUGCCACCAAGCGGAAAGUCGAGUGCGAGGAGCCCCCUCGGAAGAAGUCCGAGGACCAUCCCAAGAAGUCUCCUGUUGACCCUCUUUUGAGGAGGAAGUCUGAGGAAGUCCACCCACGGCGGAAACGGAAAUUUGAGAAGCCACAAGAGCCUGCAAUGAGGAAGCGGUUAAAACUAGGCAAAGAAGAGAAGCUGUUCAGGAAAAAGAGGCGAUCGUGGAAGGCCACAGAUGACCGAGCUGCCCUGGUCAAGCCUCUCAGGCGCUUCAAGCAGGAGCCUGAGGAGGACCUCCCAGAGGAACCUCCAAAAAGCAAGGAGAGUGACCAGUCUCGCUCCAGCUCCCCAACGGCAGGGCCAAGCUCAGAGGGCACAGAGUCCCGAGACAAGAAGAAGUUCAAGAUCCGGCGGAAAACCCGCCUCCCAAACAAGGAGCUGAGCAAGGAGCUAAGCAAAGAGCUCAACCAGGAGAUUCAGAAGACGGAGAACAGCCUUGCCAAUGAGAAUCAUCAGCCCAUCAAGUCUGAGCCGGAGAGCGAAAACGAGGAGCCCAAGCGGGUGCUGUGCCCCGAGCGGCCUCACCGCUUCAGCAAGGGCUUGAAUGGAACCCCCCGAGAACUCCGGCACCAGCUCUUGUCUAGCCUCAGGAGCAGCACCCCCCGGGCAGCUGCCCGGCCUCCCCGCUCCCUCUCGCCCCCCAAGUGCAUUCAGAUGGAACGUCAUGUCAUCCGGCCACCCCCCAUCAGCCCGCCGCCAGACUCGCUCCCGCUGGAUGAUGGGGCGGCCCACAUCAUGCAAAGGGAAGUCUGGAUGGCUGUCUUCAGCUACCUCAGCCACAGCGAACUGUGUCUCUGCAUGAGGGUUUGCAAGACCUGGAACAGAUGGUGCUGUGAUAAAAGACUGUGGACCAAAAUAGACCUAAACCACUGUAAAUCCAUCACCCCUCUCAUGCUCAGUGGUAUUAUUAGGAGGCAGCCGGUCACGCUUGAUCUAAGUGGGACAAACAUAUCGAAAAAGCAGCUGAGCUGGCUCAUCAACAGGCUCCCAGGUCUCAGAGAUCUGCUAUUGUCAGGGUCCUCGUGGAUUGCAGUGUCUGCUCUCUGCAGUUCUAGUUGUCCACUCCUCCGAACACUGGAUGCGCAGUGGGUGGAAGGCUUAAAAGAUGCACAAAUGAGAGAUCUUUUGUCACCACCGACUGACAACAGGCCAGGCCAAAUUGACAACCGGAGCAAACUGCGCCACAUCACAGAGUUGUGCCUGUCUGGCUUGGACAUCACUGACGCUUCCCUGCGUUUGAUUAUCCGGCACAUGCCUCUACUGUCCAAGCUCAACCUCAGUUACUGCAACCACAUGACAGAUCAGUCCAUUAACCUGCUAACAGCUGUGGGAACCACUACACGGGACUCCCUAACAGAAGUUAUUUUGCAAGACUGCAAUAAGGUGACAGACCAAUGUCUCUCCUAUUUCAAGCGGUGUGGGAGCAUCUGCCGGAUUGAUCUGAGGUACUGCAAGCAAGUGACCAAGGAAGGUUGUGAGCAGUUCAUCGCAGAGAUGUCUGUGAGCAUUCAGUUUAGUCAAGUGGAAGAGAAACUGCUGCAGAAGUUGAGUUAGUGUUUACUGGGGCAAGUUUGUAAAUAACCAGGAGCUGAAAAAAGAACUCCAGGAGACCACAGAAGGAAUUUUAUUUUCAGUUGGGAGAUGUGGAAUAUGCCAAGUUGGGGAACUGUUUGGACUGUACAGGAACAUGUGGUGUUGAAACCACCCACAAAGCGUUCUAGCCUGGAUGGGACCUUUUGACACUUUGCCCGGGCUCUUUACAUACCUUCCUCUGGUGACCGCAAAGGAUUCAUGCUUAGAAGAACGCUGAGGAACACCUAUUUAUAUACCACAGCUGGAGCAUGUGUAAAUUUUUAAAGCAUUUUUGAAAAUGUCAAAAGCAAUGUUAAUUCUGGGGUUAUUAAGGUGGGCCAUUACCUGUUUUUCUGCCUUUUGAACUUUUUUGUUACAUCCAACGUUACGCAGAACUAUUUUUGUACAAAUUUGUUUAAAAAAGUUAUUUAUGCAGAGUUACUGAAUGCAUUGCAAGUGUUUGGUCAUUGGUUUCAGAUUGCCAAGUUUUAUCUUGAGAUAGAAGAGAAUUUGAACUUCUUACCACUUUAACGACCUGCUGAGAGUUAUACCCCAAUUGGGAUGGGAGAGGGGGGAGUAGGUUAAUCCUUUGAAAUGAAAAAAAGCAUGUUUAAUGGAAGUUUUAUAUACUGCUUUGUAUAACACUGUAAGCAUGUUGUGGAGAAAAGGAGGUGUAAAAUACAGAUUAAGAACAAACAAGUUGCCAAGUUUUUCCCUGUAUAAAAAAACACAUUUUCUCGACUGAAACUUCCAAUUACAGCUGUGCAUAUGAGAAGGCAUUAAAAUACUCUCAUACUUGCUGUAAAAAGUCCAUUUAUAUGACUUGAAAUCAAACAGUUUCAGGGUUUGAGUGAGUUCUUGUUGUCCAUAUUUAACUUGGUUAAUUUCUGAUUGUCAAGAAAGGGGGGGAUUUCAGUAUUGAUAAGUGCCAUUGUUGUAAAGUGGUGGUGAAAAACCCCCAACCUUCCUUCCCGAUACAGUUUUACCUCUGUUGAAUUUGUAUAAAUGAUUGUACAAAAAUG